GCUCAAACACGCGUUCUCCUCGAUCGAGAAAACCUCCCACUUCCAGUUCCAUCACACGCGCCCUCCUCCGCACCCAGCAUCCCACACUCGCUUGUCGCGUCCUAACACAUCUUUCUUGUAUAAAAGAUAUGGAAACACCAGAGUCAAGACACGCGGGCGAACCGAUUGAGAUCGACGACGACGACCGCGCCGAGGAGACACUGCAUACGCCCGCGCCAGCGACGAGUAGCACAGGUCCGUUUAACGGUACGCGCGGGUCUAUAUCCGGCGGCCGUAAGAAGAAGUCCUCACUCACCAGCACGCCGUCAUCCGCCACCGGCUCGAAAUCCUCGUCGAGGAAGAAAGACGACGCGGGAAAGCCGAGAUCGACGCCGACGACGACAAAUGAGGAAGAUGACGGGCCGACGGGACAGACGACGUUACCGCUUGCGAGGGUGAAGAAGAUUAUAAAGCUUGACGAGGACGUGAGGGCGUGUUCGAACUCUGCUUCGUUUGCGGUGACGGUUGCUACGGAGAUGUUCAUCCAAUAUCUCUGCGAGAAGAGUUUACAAAUGUCAAAGAGCGAUAAGCGCAAGACUUUACACUACAAAGACUUAGCGUCCGCGGUACAUAAACUUGAUGAACUCGAGUUCCUGUCAGAUGUGAUCCCGCGAACAGUACCCCUGCAGAAAGUCCUCAAAGACCGCCGUGCGCGCGCCGAAGUCGACGGCCAAGGCUACCCCUCCCACUCCGCAUCCUCAACCAGCGGCACCGCCAAACCCGCGGGCAAAAGCCAGCAAACCCUUUUAAAAAUCCCCGUGCUCGAAACCCCAACAGGAGCAGAGCCGAUGAGCGUUGUGCUGCCCCGCCAGCAGCAGCAGCGGGCGCCGGGCGGGCCGAGUAUGGUUAUGCUUGAUUAUUCGCAGGAGACGGAGGAGGAGGAGGAUGAGAACGGGACGGAGGUCGAGGAGGAGAGGUCUACGGCUACGGGCGAGAGGAGCGACGCGGGGAUGCAUGCGCCUGUGGAGGAGAUGGAGUUGGAUAACUAGUAGUCAAUAGAAUAGCUGUAGUAAGAAGAGAGUAUAAGAACAAACCCCUCGUUAAUGUAAACUAGGUGGUUUGAGUAAAUUAAGGGGACUCAGCGGGCGGCCAAUCAGCGCCGCGAGAAACGGGU